GUGUGACUGUGUGUGUGUGUGUGAGAGAGAGAGAGAGAGAGAGGAAUUUAUGCUUCAUAUAAGUCUCCUUUUAUGCAUUAUAUUUUGGUAUUGAUCUUCCCUUAAAAACUUAGAAGUUAAAACAGAGACUGACUUGAGGUUGAGCACACAACAUAAACAAUUCACAGCAAGGCAGAAGGUACAACAUCAGGCAGUUGCAAAUUGCAAAUGAGUCGUCUUGCCCCAUUAUCAGAAGAACCUUUCAACGAAGAAGAAACCAGGAAAUUGUCUAAAAAAACCCAUGCAUGGAAGAAUUGGGUUAAAAAUCUCUUUUUUCAUAAAAAGUCUGAUCUUAAAAUCCUUUUAAGUGUUCUUGCUUGCCCUCUUUUUCCUGUCUCUCUUCAACCUAACCAAUCUAUUCUUCAGGUAUCAUCGUCAUCCCAGUACAUAAUAGAACACUUCAGAGCAGCAACAGGGUGCAAAAAGCUAGAAAAAAUGGCAGUUAAAAACAUAUUUGUAACAGGGAAAGUAACCAUGACAAUGCUUGAAGAGCCGAGCAUAAGUGGCUCUUCAGCCGUAUUAGUAGCCGCCGGAGAGACACACAAAGGGUGUUUUGUGAUGUGGGAAAUGCUUCCUAACAAAUGGUCAAUUGAGCUUGUGGUUGGUGGUCAUAAAGUGCUGGCUGGUAGUGAUGGUAAUGUGGCUUGGCGCUACACUCCUUGGCUCGGCUCCCACCCGGCUAAAGGCGGUGUACGACCGCUUCGUCGUGCUCUUCAGGGGCUCGAUCCUAUGGCAAUAUCGGAAGCAUUCUCUGUAGCUCAAUACAUGGGCGAGAAGGAGGUCAUGGGAACGGAUUGUUUUGUUCUAAAAUUGUCUGCUGAACAGAUUGAUCUCGCUGAUCGGAGUGAUAACACAGCCGAAACAAUCAAGCAUGUAACUUUUGGCUACUUCAGCCAAAAGAGUGGAUUGCUUGUUUACUUAGAAGACUCUUACUUGACUAGAAUACAAUCUCCUGGUGGAUCCCCUCGUUAUUGGGAAACCACGAUGGGUUCGAAAAUUGAAGACUACCGAACAGUAGAGGGUGUGAUGAUUGCACAUUCUGGUCAAACCCAUGCCAUCAUCACUCGAUUUGGUGAUAAUCUUAAAUCAGGUCCGACUAUCCUUCGGAUGGAGGAGGCAUGGAUGAUCGAUGACUUUGCGUUCAAUGUGCAAGGGCUUUCUUUGGAUUGUUUUAUUCCUCCACAAGAAGUGAAGAACAACGUGCUCGAGGAAAAACUAAAACAACGUCCAAUUUUCCCUCUUGAUAUCUGAUUGCAGAUUUCAUCGGUUCAACAAGACUAACAAGCUUCAAAAUUGAAGGUUUACUUAUUAACAAUGGUUGGAAUUAGAUUUUUUACAUAAUUUUUUAUAAAAAAGAAGAAAACAUUGAUUUUGCAUAAUAAACCUUUUUUACCUAUAUUUUUGAGGGGGAUUUUGUAUAUAAGAAGUAAUUUGCUACAUAAUGAAGCAAUAGUAAGUAAAUAAAGUGUCCCUUGAAAGUUGGUAUGGGUAUUGGUGACCCAUAUUUAGGGCACGGGAAGCUUAAAAUGUUUAUGUUUUUAUUAUUACAAAGGACUUAUUUGACACAUGAUUCAUAGUUAGAGUUUGUUGGGUUAUUUAUGGGCUAAUAUGGGCUUUAAUAUUAUUUAUGGGCUAAUAUGAUAAUUGAUAAAAAAAAAAAAGAGAAAAUGGGAAACAAAAAUAGAAGGAGAAAGGUAGCAGCUUUGCUACAUGAGAAACACACGCACAGAACAGAAAAUUAAGAAAGAAGAGGCGGCUAUGAAGAAAAAGGUACAAUGUGAUAUUUCAUCGAUCCGAUCGAAGGUCAUUUGUACUUCGUUUUGCGUCAAAUUUUGACACGGUGUUCCUGCCUUCCCAACCUACAUAUCCGAUGGUAAUUUGUAUUUUUCCUUAAUUUACCCUAAUUGUUUACCACUUUUGAGUGAUGAUUUAGGGUUGUUUGGUAUUCAUGUUGUCUCUAGUAUUGUCUAGAGAGGAUUUUAGUUGUACCCAUUGUUUUUAUUGGUGAUUAAUGAAAGAGUUUGGUACCACUUACGGUCCCGUGGUUAAAAUUUCCUCA